AUGAAGCAGGAUGUGAAGGAUUCUACGAAGAUUCUACGGGAUAUGAAGCUAUCAUGUGACAAACGUGUUGAUGAAUCAAAGCAGAGGGGGGAAAUUAUGAGCAGGGAGGUGGCCGAGUUGAAGAAAUACAAAGAAGAAUCGCAGAGGAGGGAAGAGAUUCUAAGGAGUGAGAUCCACGGGCUGAAGAAAUACAACGAAGCACUCAACGAGGACCUGAGGGCGCUCAAAACCCGCUGGGUUUACAAAUUGUUCGGUGAGGAGGAGUUUGGAGUCGCCGGAGGAAGCCAUUUCUGGAGUCUUUGCAAGGGGGAAGUGUAA